AUGCCUUUUCUCUAUCGUCUAUCAUUCGGUCACACGAUAUCUAUCAUUCAACUUCGACAAGCUGUACACAAAAUUGUCAUCAAACAUGAAUCACUCCGGACUUCACUGACGUUUGAUAAACAAAAUAAUCAACUGACUCAACAAGUCAUUGAUUAUAAUGAUAAGAACAACAAUCUAUUUUCAUUUAUUGAAAGUAUUUUCGAAACAGAUGAACAACUCAAUCAGAUUAUAUAUGAUGAACAACGAAAUACUCAACUCUUCAAUCUUAAUCAAGGUCUUGUCUUUCGAUGUCAUCUUGUCUAUUACAAACAGAUAUCGUCAAAUGAUCUUCUUGGAGAUAAAAAAGAUCAAAUUAUUUUUAAUUUUCAUCAUGCGUCGUUUGAUGUUUCAUCGAUGGGUGUUUUUCUUAAUGAUCUCAAUCAAGUUUAUACAACAGAUCAAUUAACAUUUGAUGACAACACUACUCUACGUUAUCUUGACUAUGCUCAUAUCGAACAACAAAUGUCUAUGACUGUUGCAAAUAUGUUUUGGCUUGAUACUCUUCAUGAUUAUAAACUCGAUCAAUCUUUAUCAUUACCAUUUGAUCGAUAUCGUCUCGAAAAUGAUUGUCGAACUGGUUACGCCACAUCAAUUUCGUUCGAUUUUUGUGAACAUCUCUCACAUGUAUUUCUCACUUAUUCAUCAUCUAAUAAUAUAACGCUUCAACACCUAGCAUUUACCUGUUUUUAUGCAUUCUUAUUCAAGUUAACUAAUGGCGAAAAAGAUUUAUGUAUUGGAAUAAAUAUCAAUAUUAGAUUCAAAGAAGAAUUAAUGUCAAUCAUCGGAAUGUUUGGCAAUACUAUUCCUUUGCGAUGUCAACUAGAUCCUCACUGGUCUUUCCAUCAAUUACUUGAACAUGUUCGAGAGAUAAUAACAAAUAGUUUGAAAUAUGCUUAUUUUCCUCUUCAACGUAUUUUGAAUCAACAUCCAAAUGCUUCAAAAGCUUCAUUUCUUGAUAUAUCAUUUGAAUUUCAACCAAAUGGAAUUGAAAAGAGAAAGAAUGAAAUAAGAAUUGGUGAUAAUCAACUUUGUUUGAUACCCUUUUCAAACAAGAUUAGUGAAGAUGAAAUAAUGAGUAGGGUCGAUUUCGCUCUUAUUAUUCAACAUGAUUUAGAGAUGAAUCAAUUUUCAUGUACAAUCAAUGCUUCACUCGAUUUAUUUAAUAGAAAGACAGUUGAAAAGAUUUCACAACAAUUUCAUUCUAUGUUAAAACAACUCUUUUCAUUUUAUGAUGAUGAUCAAAUAAAGAAACCACUUUAUGAAUUAUCAUUAAUAUCACCAGAUGAACGAUUACUUAUGAAAUCAAUGAAUAAUACAGAAGUGUUAUUUCCUUCUCUCACUUGUAUUCAUCAUGCAUUUAUCAAUCAAGCAAUGGAACAUCCACAAAAGUUAGCUGUGGAACUUGAUGAACAAUCUCUGACAUAUGCUGAACUUUUAUAUUAUGUUCAAGUAUUAUCUUUGAAUCUUUUGAGUGAACAAAGAGUUAUUGUAAGUGACAUUGUUUGUCAAUGUGUAGAACGAAGUUUGUCAAUGGUGAUUGGAAUGAUGGCAAUUGUGAUGGUGUGUGGUGUGUAUUGUCCAUUAUCACCUCGAGAUCCACAACAUCGUUUAUAUGCAAUUUUACAACAAACACAAAGUCGUCUUGUUCUUCUUCAUCAUCUGACAAAAACUAAAUUCAAUGAUGAUGUUAACUCGAUUGAUAUUGAUUUAUUUCUGGUCGACAGCAACGUAUUAGAUGAUGUUCAUCUUGAACGACUGUCAAAUAUCUUAGUGACACCCGAUAACAUCGCCUAUAUAAUCUUUACAAGUGGUUCAACUGGAACACCUAAAGCGGUUCAAGUACGACAUGGCAAUUUCACAAGUUUCAUGUAUUCUUUUAUUCACACUGGCAUUUUAACCAUUAAUGAUGUUGCACUGCAAAUGGCUGCCUGCACUUUCGAUGCACAUGUGCAAGAAAUCGUAGGUAGUUUGAUAUGCAAUGCAACAAUAAUUAUGCUACAUCCACAUGGUAACAUGGAGUUCGUUUAUCUCUUACAAACUCUAAAAAGCAAGCAGGUUACACAUCUAAUAGCUGUUCCCACUUUAUUGCAUCAAUUAUGUGACACCAUCAAUAAUAAUCAUAUAACUGAUCCAUUGGUCACUAUACAAUCACUUUGUUGCGUCGGUGAAACACUUUUUUGCAAAGUAGUAAAGGUUCUGACUCGUCAUCUUGCAAAAACUCAUCACAUUUGGAAUUUAUACGGCCCAGCAGAAGCGACACUUGGUUCGACAUACCAUCUAAUUGAUGUCGAAGUUAAUAUUAGGAAUAUCCAAAUUGGUCGACCUUUUCUUAAUUAUCAAUGCAUGAUUAUGAAUGAAUUCUUACAACCUUGCUCUACGAAUCAAGAUAGUGAAUUAUGCAUAGGAGGUGUAGGUGUCUUUGCUGGCUAUCUAGGACGUGAUGAUUUGACAGAAAAGGCUCUCGUUGAAAUUGAUGGCGAAGUAUUCUAUCGAACAGGUGACCUUGUUCGAAUGGACAACGCUAGUAUACUUCAUUAUAUCGGUCGAAAAGAUUUUCAAAUUAAAUUACAUGGACAACGCAUUGAACUUGGUGAAAUAGAACAAUGUUUACUUGAACAUACAUCAAUCUCUGCUUGUGUUGUGAUUAAAUGGGAUCAUGAUCAUUUGGUUGCGUAUGUUCAAAAAAGUUUAGAUAUUAAUGAAAACGAAUUACGAGAACAUUGUCAAUCACAUCUUCCACUUCAUAUGAUUCCAUCAGUAUUUAUUAUACUUGACAAAUUACCUUUGAAUGCAAAUGGAAAAAUAGACCGAAAGCUUCUUCCUUCUCCUUCUUCUGCUCAUCUUUUACCGUUAAAUCAGACAAAUAAUUUAGAAAUCAAACUACCUAAUGAUGAAAUUCAAGCCCUAAUUCAUACUCUUUGGUGUGAUAUGUUUCAUCAGAAACAAAUCUCAAUCGAUACAAAUAUCUUCACAAUCGGUGGUCAUUCUCUUCUACUUAUGCAACUCUAUCAUCAAUACAAAACAACAUUGCAUUUAGAAACAAAAUCUCUUUCUAUUUCUGAUCUAUUUCAAUAUCCAACAAUGAUUGAUCACGCUCAACUCAUUCAUCAAGCUAUUAAUACUGAACAACAUUUCGAAGAUUGUUGGUCUUCAUUACAUGUCAAUCAAGGUAAAAACAAAAACAAACUUUUCUCAUCAUUUCCUCUCUGUCACAUUUUAGCUCGAGCAUCAUUUGCUCAAGAACGAAUAUUUCUUGAUGAACAAAUUCGUUUUUCGUCUCAAAAUAACAAUAUGAUCUAUGCUAUUCCAUUACUUUAUCGUAUUUCAUCUCUCCAAAGUCAUGUAUCGAUUACUGGAUUACAGCAUGCAUUACAAUCUGUCAUCAUGAAACAUAAUAUUCUACGUACAGCACUUUAUUUUGAUAGUCACGGUACUAUUAUACAACAAGUGAAUACCGUUAGUGAUAGUGAAGAUAUGAAAUCAUAUGGAUUCGAAAUAAUUAAUCUUCGGAAUGAUAAUAUUAAUAAAACAAUCGAUGAAAUAUUAAAUCACUCUCAAUUAUUUGACUUAUCAAAAGGAAAUGUAAUUGAUUGUCAUAUUCUUCGUCGUUCGCGUCCUGAUUAUCUUUCAUUAGAAAAAGAUGAAGAUCUGUUGAUGAAUGAUGAUAUGGUAUUAUUUAAUAUUCAUCAUUCAGCAUUUGAUGGAGCUUCUACAUCAGUUUUCCUACGUGAUUUGUCUGUUGCUUAUGAAAGUAGUUGUUCAUUGUGUAUCGAUGAUAAUACAUUUCAAUAUCUUGAUUAUUCUGUUUAUGAACAUCAAAUGGAUUUGUCACGAUCGCGUGACUUUUGGCAUUCACAACUUGAAGGAUACAAUCUCGAACGUCAAUUAUCAUUGCCAGUCGAUCAACACCGUUUCUCUACAAAUCAACGAUCAAGUUUAUCAUCUAAAACUCAAAUAUCAUUCAAUAAUGAUCAAACUACAUCAUUUCUAAAUUAUGCAUCAUCACAUCAUCUGACACUCUUUCAACUGGGAUUAUCUUGUUUUUAUGCAUUUUUAUUCAAAUUAACUCAUGGUCAAAAUGAUUUAUCUGUUGCUUCCCUCAAUGCCAAUCGAUACAAAGCUGAAUUACAAAAUAUGAUUGGAAUGUUUGUUUCAACAUUACCUUAUCGUAUUCAACUUAAUCCUCGUUGGCCAUGUGAUGAUCUUGUUAGACAUGUUCGAGAUAAUUGUUUAUCAAUUCUUGAACAUUCUCAUUAUCCUCUGCAACAUAUUCUUGCAGAUUUUCAUGUUAAUCAAUCGAAUGUUCCAUUUCUUGAGACAGUAUUUGAUUUUAUUACUGUUUCAUCUGACACCGAUGAACUCACUUUAAUUGGAACAGAUUUGAAACAAAUGUCAUUAGAAGAAUCUUCUGAAUUAGCUAAAUUUGAUUUUAUGUUAACAUUUCUUUACAAUCCAACACUGGAAGAUGGUAGACUAUCAUGCCAGUUCGUCUGCUCUCGAGAUCUGUACGAAGAAAAAACGGUUGGAAUUAUAGCUCGAAGAUUUGAGUAUCUUUUCGAACAAUUAUUUACACCAAAAGCAAUCACUAAUGAGAUGGAUCAAUGUGUUCUAUCUAUCCCUAAACUUUCUCUUAUUUUACCAGAAGAAAACGAAGAAAUGCAAGAAGUAGUGUUUUGUCGACAAGCAAAUGUUACUGAGAGAGCACCGGCAUCUUUCGCACAAGCUCGUAUUUGGCACGAUGAACAAACUCGUUUCCAUGUUGACAAAUCACCUCUAGCAAUCUACAAUAUGCCUUUUCUCUUUCAUCUAUCAUCGGGCCUCACUUUAUCAAUCAUUCAACUUCGACAAGCUCUUCACAAUAUUCUCAUUAAACAUCAAGCACUUCAUACUUCACUCACACUUGAUAAACAAAAUAAUCAGCUGACUCAACAAAUCAUUGAUUAUAAUGAUAAGAACAACAAUUUAUUUUCAUGUAUUGAAAGCAUUUUCGAAACAGAUGAACAACUCAAUAAUAUUAUAUAUAAUGAACAAAGAAAUUCUCAACUCUUCGAUCUUGCUCAGGGACUCGUGUUUCGAUGCCAUAUUAUUUACUACGCACAAAUCUCUUCAAAUGAUCUUCUUUCGGAUAAAGAUCUAAUUAUUUUCAAUUUUCAUCAUGCUAUGUUUGAUUUUCCAUCGAUGGAUGUUUUUCUUCACGAUCUCAAUCAAUUUUAUACAAUAGGUCAAUUAAUAAGUGACGACAGCACUGGUCUACGUUAUCUGGACUAUGCAAAUAUCGAACAACACAUGCCGAUGACUGCUGCCAGUAUGUUUUGGCUUGAUACUCUUCAUGAUUACAAACUCGAUCAGUCGUUAUCAUUACCAUUUGAUCGAUAUCCGCUAGAGAAUGAACAUCGAACUGGUCAAAGCACAUCUAUUUCUUUCGAUUUUGGUGAACACCUUUCCCGUGACCUUCAAUCUUAUUCAUCAGCAAACAAUACAAAACUUGAACAUCUAGCAUUUGCUGGUUUCUAUGCACUCUUGUUCAAGUUAACUAAUGGAGAAAAAGAUUUAUGUGUUGGAAUCAACCCAAAUACUAGAUUCAACGAAGAGCUGAUGUCAAUCAUUGGAAUGUUUGACAAUAUUAUUCCUUUACGAUGUCAAUUAGAUUCUCAUUGGUCUUUCCGUCAAUUACUUGAACACGUUCAAGAGAUAACAACAAAUACUUUAGAAUAUUCUUAUUUUCCUCUUCAACGUAUUCUCAAUCAACAUUCUAACAUUUCAAAGGCUGCAUUUCUUGAUAUAUCGUUUGAAUUUCAAUCAGAUAGAAGCCAGAACAGGAUAAAUGAGAUAAUGAUUGGUGAUAGUCAACUUUCGUCGAUACCUUUUUCAAACAAGUUUAGUGAAGAUGAAAUAAUGACUAAGUUUGAUUUCGCUCUUAUUAUUCAAGAUGAUCCAAAUAUGACUGAAUUUUCAUGCACAAUCAAUGCAUCACUCGAUUUAUUCAAUGCAAAGACAAUUGAAAAGAUAUCACAACAAUUUCAUUCAAUGUUAAAACAAAUCUUUUCAUUUACUGAUAAUCAGAAAAAGAGACCAAUUUAUGAAUUUUCAUUAAUAACACUAGAUGAACGAUUACUUAUGAAGUCAAUGAAUAAUACACAAGUGCUAUUUCCUUUUCUCACUUGUAUUCAUCAUCAAUUUGUCAAUCAAACAAUGAAACAUCCACAAAAAUUAGCUGUUGAACUUGAUGAACAAUCUUUAACGUAUGCUGAGCUUUUAUAUUAUGUUCAACUCUUAUCUUUGAAUCUUGUGAAUGAACAAAGAGUGAUUGUAGGUAAAGUUAUUUGUCAAUGUGUGGAGCGAAGUUUGUCAAUGGUGAUUGGAAUGAUGGCAAUCGAGAUGGUGGGUGGUGUGUAUUGUCCAUUAUCGCCUCGAGAUCCACAACAUCGUUUGUACUCACUUUUACAACAAACUCAAAGUCGUCUUGUUCUUAAUCAUCAUUUGACAAAAACUAAAUUUACUGAUGAUAUUAUCUCACUUGAUAUUGAUUUAGUAUUAACUAGCAAUGAUAUGGAGAGUGAUGUUGAUGCGGAUCGAUUAUCAAACAUCAUAGUAACACCACAGAGUAUUGCUUACAUUAUCUUCACAAGUGGUUCAACUGGAACACCUAAAGCGGUUCAAGUUCGACAUGAAAAUUUCAGUGAAUGUAUACAUUCUUUGAUUUAUGUUGACACAUUUAACGAGAACGAUACAGUUGUACAAAUGGCACGAUGUUCAUUUGACAUUCAUGUUCAAGAAAUACUUGGUAUACUGACGAUUGGUGCUACACUGUUUAUGCUUCAUCCCGGAGAAACUAUGGAUUUUGACUAUCUGUCCGAAGUUUUAGAGACGAAACAAAUUACAUAUAUGCACACCGUACCGAGUUUACUACACAGUUUCUUCACUUUUGUCGAAGAAUGUAACAAUAAGGAUGCUUUGAGAUAUCUUCGUUCACUUUGCAGUAUCGGUGAACCUUUCUCUGUUAAGCUAAUUACUUUAAUCAUAAACAUCGCCUUUUCAAACUGUAAGGUGUGGAAUUUAUAUGGUCCAGCCGAAACCACCAUAGCUUCGACCUUCCAUCUUGUGAACGUUCUAACCGAUAGAAAGAGCAUUCCAAUUGGUAUACCACUUUCUAAUUACCGAUGUGUGGUUAUGGAUGAAUUCUUACAAUCUUCUAUCGUGGGUCAAGAUGGUGAAUUAUACAUAGGAGGUGUAGGUGUCUUUGCUGGUUAUUUAGGACGUGAUGAUUUGACAACGAAAGCAUUGGUUGAAAUCAAUGGUGAAAUAUUUUAUCGAACUGGUGAUCUUGUUAGAAUGGAUAUUGAUGGUCGACUUCAUCAUCGAGGAAGAAAAGAUCAUCAAAUCAAAUUACAUGGACAACGCAUUGAACUUGGUGAAAUCGAACAAUGUUUACUUGAACAUACAGCAAUCUCUGCUUGUGUUGUUAUUAAAUGGAAUGAUGAUCAUUUGAUUGUUUAUGUUCAAAAAAGUUGUGAUAUUAAUGAAAAAGAAUUACGUGAACAUUGUCAAUCACGUUUACCACCUUAUAUGAUUCCAUCGUUAUUUAUUAUACUUGAUAAAUUACCUUUGAAUGCAAAUGGAAAAAUCGAUCGAAAAGCUUUGCCAGCAGUUGAUUUUGACUUUCUCUCUGUUUCCUCGAACGAAACUGAUCAACCAUUAACAGAAAUGGAACGAAGAGUAUUUGAAAUCUGGUGUCAACUAAUUAUAUUUGAAUUUGUCAUUGCUAAAGGUCCUGCAUCAUAUGUCCAAACAAGUGUUUGGUUAGCUGAACGCAUUCGUUUCAAAGGAUGGCCUCAAGUAUCUGCCUACAAUAUGCCAACCAUUCUGCAAGUUGAUUCAGGUUACUUUUCUAUCAAUAAAUGUGUCAAAGUAUUAAAUGAAAUUGUUUCUCAACAUUGGAUAUUUCGUACUCGACUGACGUUUGAUGUGGAUCGAGGUUAUUUACGUCAAACAGUUCAUCAACAAAUUAGUUAUCCCAUUCGUUUGAGCACAUAUAAUGAUGAAAAAGAAAAAGAAAGAAUAAUAAGCGAAGAAGUUGAUAUCCCUUUCGAUACUGAACAUGAUGGUGUUUUUCGUUGUCAUUUUAUUCGUCGAUAUAAUCAUGAGCAAGAGGACAAAUUAUGCACAAAUGAUGUGAUUAUAUUCAAUUUUCAUCAUGGAUCAUUUGAUGGACGAGCUCUGGAUCUAUUCUUAGAGCAGUUCAAAUUGGCUUAUGAAUGUAAACAAUUACAACCACCACACCUCCAAUACAUUGAUUAUUCUAUUCACGAACGAAAAUCGUUGAUGAAAGACGCUCGAAAUUACUGGAAUCAAGCAUUAAAAGAUUAUGCUUGGGAUCGUCGACUCGAUCUCGGCGCCCGAGAAACAAGUCUAUUGUCCGCUCGCCGUCGGGAUCAAGGAUCUUCGUUGCGUGUCAAAAUUUCAUCAGACAUUGCUCGUUCGAUGAUAAAACGUGCUGAUCAAUUAAAUAUUACUCUCUUUCAGUUAGGUCUAACAUGUUUCUAUCUUUAUUUGGCCCAAAUUUCAUCACACAAUCGAGAUGCAUGCAUUGGUAUUAUUCAUCUCAAUCGAUAUCGCCCAGAGCUUACUUCUAUAAUAGGCAUGUUUGUUAAUGUUCUUCCUUGUCGAAUCUCAAUCGAUAUCCUUGAGACAAUCUCAUUUAUUGAACUAAUUGACAAAGUUCAACAAAUAUUUCUUACAAUUACUCAACAUGCGCAUUUACCUUAUGAUCAACUAAUUGAUUUACAUCGUGCACCAAAUUCAUAUUUGCAAUUACCAUUUCUUCAAACUAUAUUCAGAGUAGACACAGAUGCAGUUGAUUACAAUCAUAUGAAUGGUAUUAUACUUGACGAUUCAUGUCAUCUUUCGCCGUAUAGUCUACAACAUGAAAGUAAUGGAGGAAAGUUUGACUUAGAAGUUUCACUCAUUUACGACAAAACGACCGAAGCAAUUGACUGCACAUGGAGUUACUUGCUUGAUGCUUUUGAAAAGUCCAUCAUUGAUGCACACGCUAAUCAUUUUAAUCUAUUGCUUACUCAACUGUUUGAGUCGAAUUCUCAUACACAACUGCAAUUACCACUAAGCAAGAUCAUUAGAUUCAAAAAAGAAAAUACUAUUAAUUAUCAGGAAAAUAAUUUAUCUACAUCAUCAGUAGGAUCAAUAGUUGAAACGCAUCAAAAGCAAGAAUUUAUCAAUCGUAUACGAAAUGUCUUUUGUCGAGUUCUCGGCUGUACAGUAACUGAUAUAAAUGAUGAUAAAUCAUUUUUCGAACAAGGUGGCACAUCUCUCAAAGCUUUACAAGUAAUUACUUUAUUACAACAACAUGUUUCAUUUCAAAUUGAUACUCAAGACUUUUUUGACCAUCCCUCAGUAGCUCAUAUUGCUCAAACUAUCUCAAAAAGCUAA